AUGGAGUACUUUGAUUUUGAAGGCGCCUCCUCGGCCCAUGAUUCAAAUCAUCCAAGCGAUGAUGUCGCCUCGCUUGAUCUUGAAUUUGAUGAGCCUGAAGAGCGGGACGCCAGAUUCGACUCAUUGCUUCAGGACCAGUCGUUGGACUUUCCUGCCAAUGCUCUCGUGCCGGAGUCGGCCGAACAGUAUGUGGGCGACUCUAUCGGCCCCGAUCAGGACACCGGAGUCUACCCCAUGUUCCGAGCCCAGGAACCCUGUGACUUUUGCCGGCGAAUGGGUCUGGACUGCUUUGUCGCCAAACGUGGAGUAAUGCAGAAUGGAUGUACCUGCUGUAUCUCGCUCUACCGUGAAUGUAGUUUCACCCAUGCCAAAGUUCCUGGCAAAUUUCUUCAGACCUUACACACCGUGUCAGAGAACGCCUAUAUUCCUACGGGUGGAUUGACAGGGAAAAGAGCCCUCAAAUCCGUCUCUUACGGGGCCUUUGGAGACGACACCGAUGCGCGCUCUCGUAAGAACAGCGCUCGAUUCUCUCGCAGGGCUGUCACAAUCCUCAAGGGCUGGCUACGCGAUCACAACGAGAACCCCUAUCCCAAUGAGGUUGAGAAGGACGAAUUGAAGCAGAAUACAGGCUUGACAAGAAUCCAAAUCUCCAACUGGCUGGCAAACGCUCGACGUCGCGGCAAAGUUCGACCUUCUACGGGCACCAAUUCGCCCGUACCAGGAGCUGUCGACAUCCCUGGUUCGCAUCCCAAAGACCCGGCGCUCAUGACCCCUCUUGAACGUUGGAAGUACUCUCCUCCUGAGAACGAACCUGCUACUAUAAGCGAUAUUACCCGUGCUUUGGCCAAUCCUCCAUUCGAUCCCUCGCGUCAACGCAGGACCCAUUCUGGUCACGUGAGGCCCCGUCAUCCGGGGUCCAGUACCAAUGAGUCAAGCCACGCAAGCUCAGAACAUAAAAGAUAUACUGCCUCAGCCAGUAGUUUGGAUACUAGUCGGUCAUCCAUCUCUGACCUCUCUUUCGCUUCUGCGUUCUCCCAUCGAUCAUCCCUUUCAUUUGGUUCAAUGGAUCGAAAGGAACGUCAUCGCCGCCGCCGCAAACCUUCCAUACCUGCCAAUACUUUCCACAAUCAGAAGGCCAAGGCAGUUCGUCCUUUCCAAUGUACCUUCUGUACUGAUUCAUUCGCUGCCAAGUAUGACUGGCAACGCCAUGAAAAAUCCAUGCACUUGAUCUUGGACAAGUGGACAUGUUCUCCUCAUGGUGGUGUAACGGAGGAGAAUGGUAUACUUCGUUGCGUCUUCUGCUCGGCAGCUAAUCCAGAUAGGGAUCACCUUGAAACCCACAAUUACAUGAGCUGUCAAGAGAAGUCUCUUCAGGAGAGGACCUUUUAUCGGAAGGAUCACCUGAAUCAACAUUUGCGUCUAAUGCACAAUGCCAAGUUCCAACCCUGUAUGGACAAGUGGCAAAGUAGCAUUGCGGAGAUCAAGUCUCGCUGUGGUUUCUGCGCAACUGUCAUGCACACUUGGAAAGACCGCGUGGACCAUCUUGCCGGUCACUUCAAGAAUGGUGCUAGUAUGGCUCAAUGGCAAGGUGACUGGGGUUUCGAGCCAUCAAUCCAAGAGCGAGUCGAGAAUGCCGUUCCGCCAUAUCUCAUUGACUAUGAGUGGAGGUCCCCUGAUCCCUGGACUACUGUUCAAGCACAAGGAGACGGUACCUCCCCGCAGCUCGAAGUACCGAAUGACGCCAAUUGCUACAUGCGCCUCACACGUGAACUCACUUCAUAUGUUCAUAACCAAAAAGCUCAAGGGGUCGUCCCAACCGAUCAGAUGCUGCAGACAGAGGCGCGUCGAGUCAUCUACGGGAAUGACGACGACCCCUGGAAUCAGACAUGCGCCGACAACCCUCUCUGGCUGACGAUUUUGAAGCGGGACACCGGCCUAGAAAGUCCUGCCAACAAUGAGGACAUUCAACUAUCUGAUCUUGGGCUGCAGCCUCCCUUUACAGGCCGUGGUGUUUUGCAGCAACCUCCCCAAGACGCUGCAAAUAUUUUCGCCAGGGGAGUCGGCGCUGGUGCCCUACCCAGUCCAGCCGUGUCCAGCCCUGGUUUACGAAGCCCCGCAUAUCCCCCAACAGGAUUCUCUUCUACCGCGCCUAGUGGGCAGGGAAGCCUAGCAGGGAGCUACGCCGGAAGUUCAGGGAUGAUAUCAGCUGGUGUGCCCGCAUUCAUCUCUGAUUGGAGUAGCAGUCUACCUGGCCAUGCUUCGUCAUCCUCUAUUCAUGCAGAUAGAGAGGCACCUGAUCCGUUGGUGCAGAUGGGGUUCGAUCCGGAGUUCCUGCAACGACUCAGUGAUAGCUAUAGCGAGUUAACGCCACCUGAUAUGGAAACCGUGCCUUUGGAUGCAUCUAUCGACUACGAGGGCAAGGGGAAGCAGCCGUGGUUGAAUUCCGUAUCACAAACACGGCCACUUCUGGGUCUGCCCGCUUCAGAUCCCCUCGCAGCCCUUCAUUCUAAAGAGGGCUAUCCUCCUGCGUCAGAUGCUGCCCAAUCUGGGCAACCUGCAUUCCGUGACGAUUCCGGAACCUUUUGA